AAGUGCUUUGGGACUUUACAUGGCUGAAUCCUUGAAUAAGUAUGGCAUUGCAUAUUGCCACAUGGUUGAGCCAAGAAUGAAAACACUUGGGGAAAAAGUUGAAUGUCCUGAAAGCCUUAUACCCAUGAGGAAGGCAUUUAAAGGUACUUUUAUUGUAGCUGGUGGUUACGAUAGAGGAGAUGGAAACAAAGCUGUGCUUGAAGACCGAGCUGAUCUUGUUGCAUAUGGACGUAUGUUCAUAGCUAAUCCGGAUUUACCAAGGAGAUUUGAGCUUGAUGCACCUCUCAACAAGUAUAACAGGGAAACAUUCUAUACUUCUGAUCCUGUUGUUGGCUAUACUGACUAUCCAUUUCUAGAAACCACAAUAUGACACCGAGGAAGCACUAGAUAUGAUACUCUUUUUCUGGAUGUAGGGGGUUUGUAAGAUGAGAUUAACUAAUAUCCACGUUGAACUUAUAUAUCAUUUGAGUAAUUUCUUCGUUGUAAUAAAGGCAGUGAAGUAUUAAAAGUUGGAUCAA